UCGUUAGGUCUGGAGGAAGUGCAAGAUGCGCAUCUUCACCGUGGCUCAGAUGGACGACAACAGCAUCCAGAUGAAAAAGGACCUGACUACCUUCCUCUAUCACCUCCGUAUUGAUGCUAUGAUCGAAGUUGUGGAAAUGCAUGACAGCGACAUCUCAGCCUACACGUACGAGAAGACACUGGUGAUGGAACAACGCUCGCAGAUGCUGAAACAGAUCAACCUUACAAAGACUGAGCGCGAGAGGGAGAUCCAGAGCAUCACCGAUUCAUCCCGCGGAUCUAUCCGGCGUAAGAACCCGGCCGCUGUGACCACCCAGCUGAGUGUGACCGAGGAGCCGCCAGCCACCAGCAAGGAGGAGAAGCCUGAAGAGGAGUCAAAGUCGGCCUCUUCCCCUGUGUCCCCCCCUGCUCAGGUCCAGCUCAUCCACGACAACACCACCCCAGCCAGCCCCGCCACCCCAGCCACCCCGCUGACCCCCGCCGAGGAGACCCAGAGCCCCGGGGAGCAGAUCCAGAGGACCUGGACGGAGAAGUGUGACGGCAAGGCAGCGAAGCCUCUUGGAGUGACCACAGAAGAGGACAUCAAAGACAUCUUCAACAUGAAGCCAGAGUGGGAGAACCUGAACCAGUCUAACGUGCGGCGUAUGCACACAGCGCUCCGGCUGAAUGAAGUCAUCCUCAAAAAGUCCUCCGAGGCCAAGCUGGUCCUCCUGAACAUGCCAGGGCCACCCAAGAACCGGACAAGUGAUGAGAACUACAUGGAGUUCCUGGAGGUGCUCACCGAAGGUCUAAACCGGGUCCUUCUGGUUCGCGGAGGUGGCCGCGAGGUCAUCACCAUCUAUUCCUGAAAGAGCAGCCAACUCCCCCAUCUCCCCCCUCUCUAUAACCCCCUUCCUCUCCCAUGUCAGCUGUGCUCUCACCUCGUCAUCCCCAUCGCUUCAUUAACGAGGUCCUGUUUAUUUCUGUGCUGUAGUGCUCUCACAACCAACAAAUAGCCCCGCUCAGCUUCAGCGCCUCUCCCUCUUGCUCUGACCACGGCAGACAGACGAAUCCAAAAACGUUUCCCACUGCAAACACAAUAGCAAAAUAAACCUUUCUCCGCUGGUUCUAAUUCUCUUUCAAACCCACGGUAACUCGGCCGGGAUGAGGUGUUGGUGAGUGCGGGUUCUUCGCUGUGGUGUGAAAACCCCUGCAUGGAAAUGUCAGUUAUUGGUUUUUUUUGUUUGUUGUUUUUUUGUUUCUUCCUUUUGCCUGUCUGAACACAAGAGUGGGACAGACUUCUAAUCGGCACAAAACGUUAUCUGGCUGAAACGAGCUCAUUGUUGGAUUAGACCCCUCUAGUUCCCCCGGUAGUGAUGGGACUCUCCCCGCGGCCUGUCGUCUCAGGCGUGAGUUUUCAUGUCGGACUCUGCGGCCCCCACAGCCAGGACCUCCAGCCGGAGGACGAAGGAGAGUACAGCUGGGAAGCACGAACUGUGAAACUCACCUCGACCAAGGAGACUGAGACGCGGGUCUACUCCGCGGUCUUUAUCUCUAACCUGCUCACUCUUCAGCAUGACAUUCUCAACCACUGUGUAUGUUUUUACUCCACUGUUGUCACUUUCUCCCCCCCACCACCCCACCCCCAACACUUCUUUCUGCUCAUUUCUAAGUGGCAGUUUAUCUCUGUGGCCACUGUUCGUGCCAAAAAAAAAUCCCCCACAAAAAAAAAAACCCAACAACAACAAAAUACUAGGCUAGUUUGUUGAGAUUGACACGUAAUUAAACUGUGAAUAGUCUCCUAGCAGAAGGCUGGGGUGCCAGCAAAGCGGGGAGACAGUUACAAAGCCCCCCGCCCCCGACCCGUGGAGGAUGUGAUCGUCGCCAGCACCUCUCGAACCCUCGUGUGAUUCACUGUAAAUAAUGUACAAGCUCUGAUGCGUUGUUCAGUAUGAGUGUAGUAUUUUUUGUGACUAACUGAAAAGCUUCUAAUUGGAGAGAACAGGCUCCUUCGCUCAGAAAGAACACUGAAAAAUGCUGUUUUUAACGACAACAAAAAAUUUUUUUUAUUUAUUUUAUUGUAUCUAUUUAUCGGCUCCCAUCUUUAUGGUAAACGUCAUCGCAAGCAAAGGCACUGCACUCUUCACCACUGUGCGACAAGUGUAAAUGUUAUUUUUUCAUCUAGAGAAAAUAUUUAUGUCACUCUGAUUGUCAGAUAUAUUUAUAUAUCAUCCAGUUUGCCAAAUUUUCAUUCAUUAACGUGCCAAAUCAAAGUAUUUUCGGAGAAAUAGCAAAGAAAACUACGUUAAAUUCCACUACAUGAGAACAAAGUAUUCUAAAAAAAAAAAA